CACCGGAUCGCGCCGUCUCCCUACCGCGCCGUCUUCCAGUCCUCCCACCCCGCCGUCCGUCCCAUCCCGCCGGCACCUCCGCCGAUCUCGCCACGCCAUCGCGGCCAUCGCCUCGCCGUGAAUUCUCUUUAUUGGCUACAGAACGUCCAAACCCACGCGAUAAGAACCGAGCCAGCCUUGCUUUGCCGCUGUUUCUUGCUUCCACUCCUGCGUCACCGCCACCUCCUUCCUUAUAUAAUACCACUACAAGGUCAGCUCCGAUGGUGCCGCUCCGCUUCUACCGCCACCUGAUCCCGCGCAUCUCCGCUGCAGCCAGGCCGCCCUUCCCGCCCGCGCCCGCCGCCGCCUCCUGCGCUCCCCGGCCGAUCCGGUCGCUCCCCUCCCUCGCAAUGGCGGCGUACGGCACCGGUGCUUCCGCCGACAGGAGGCUGCUCUUCAGGCAGCUGUUCGAGAAGGAGAGCUCCACCUACACCUACCUCCUCGCCGACAUCGCCGACCCCGAGAAGCCCGCCGUGUUGAUUGACCCAGUUGACAGAACAGUGGAUAGGGAUCUCAAUCUCAUCAAGGAAUUAGGCCUGAAACUCAUCUACGCUAUGAAUACUCAUGUGCAUGCUGAUCACAUCACUGGAACAGGAUUAAUAAAAACUAAGCUACCAGGAGCGAAAUCUGUUAUCUCAAAAGCUAGUGGAGCAAAAGCCGACCGUUCUGUUGAGCAUGGGGAAAAAAUAUACUUCGGCAACCUUUUCCUUGAGGUGCGAGCUACUCCUGGCCAUACUGCAGGCUGUGUCACUUAUGUAACAGGUGAUAGUGAUGAUCAACCUUCGCCAAGGAUGGCUUUCACUGGUGAUGCCUUAAUCAUACGUGGAUGCGGAAGGACAGACUUUCAGGGAGGAAGCUCUGAUGAGUUGUAUCAGUCAGUGCAUUCACAGAUUUUCACGUUGCCAAAGGAUACCCUGCUUUAUCCAGCCCAUGACUACAAAGGUUUCACAGUAACAACUGUGGAAGAGGAGGCUGCCUAUAAUGCCCGGUUAACAAAAGAUAAGGAAACGUUCAAGACAAUAAUGGAAAACCUGAACUUGUCUUACCCAAAGAUGAUCGAUGUAGCUGUACCUGCAAAUCUGGUCUGCGGUAUCCAGGAUCCUCCAUCGAAGGUCUGAGCUUGUCCAGACGAAGCUUCGUGAAUGGUGGUGGUGUUCCUGGUUGCUGUGAACUCACGAUCGGCCGGAGAUGUUUGCAGCUGCGGUGUAGAUUAAAAUAAUUUGUUCGCUGCAACAUUGGGAGGAAAUAAUGAGCCAUUGGCUGAUGUGGUGGCCUCUGGUUCUAUCUGUAAUUCUUUCUUGGGAUUGGGCCGUUGGGGACGCUGCCAUUUUAUUAUCAGAUCAACGAAAAGCUUCUUUUGUGCAAUACAA